AUGACCUUUAAUUCUAUUGCUAUAAAAUUCAGUGAAAAGGCUUCUUAUGCUUUUGAUUUGUGCUUUAAAUGGAUUAAUAAACUGAAAUGGAUUAUUGUUGUUUUUUGGAUUAUUGUUGCUCUUGGAAUGGUAUAUUGUGUAUUUGGAUUCUUAAAACAUACGUCCAUGGUAGUUAGUCCACCAAAGGGGUCUUUAGGUUGGCAAGCAAAUAAAAUUUAUAAUGAAAAGUUCCCAAAUAUAAGUGGUGUUAGUCAAGUCGCUGUUGUUAUUAAACAAAUGGAACAAUUAGAUGACAUCAAUAAUUCUACUUAUCUUUUAAAUUUCAGUACUUCCUUUAACCAAUCAAUUAUGACUGAUGAAAAAGGAUAUCUUGUUAGGAAAAUUGUUGGAAGAUAUAUUAUUCCUCAAUACUCUACUUUUAUUGAAAAAUUUAUUGCUCAGUUUAUGGCUAAGAGCAUGGUUUCUGGAGAAGUUACUUUAAUUGAAAUAGAACUGAGUGGAGAAGAACCAACUGCAGUUGGACCAUAUGUAAAAAGAAUGAGAAAGUAUAUUUCUGAUUAUAAAGAAGCAUAUGGAGAUGGAGGAUAUGAUUUUGCUAUUACAGGGUAUGACGCAUUAGGAAUAGAUCUUCAAAGUGUUGUAAUUAAAGCGUUAGAAAAAAUGGAGUUAAUUGUAUUUCCAAUUGCAUUAAUAAUCUUAUUGUAUGUUGUUCAAUCACCAGUAUUAUUAAUAAUACCAAUAGUGAAUGUUAUUAUAAUUGUUUUAACAAGUUUUGGAUUAAUGUAUCCAAUUUCAAUAACUGUAGAUGUCUUUGGUAUUACACCAGCAAUGAUGAUGUCUACAAUUGCUGCAACAGCCAUUGACUAUUCAUUAUUUUUGUUAACUCGAUAUACAGAAGAAAUUAAUAAGAAACAAUCAUAUUAUGAUGCUGUUUCCAAUAUGUUGAGAACAUCAGGAAGGAUUGUAGGAACAAGUGGGUUUGUAAUGUUAUUCUGUUUUUCAGUUAUAGCAAUAUUUCCAUUUGAUAUUGUUAGGUAUAUUGGUAUUGGAUGUACAAUAAGUGUUACUAUUACAUUAGUUGUUGAUUUAACUAUGACACCAGCAUUGUUCCUUUGUUUCCCUAGAUUCUUUAAAUUACAAAGUUGUAUUCCAUGUUAUAAAAAAUGUGUAAAGUUUACACAACGAAGAGCUCGUUUUCAAGGAGUAGGUGAUCAGAUGUGGCAUAAAUUUGCAACUUUUCAAAGUAAAAAACCAGUAGCUGCUACUAUGUUUUGUUUAGGACUGAUCGUAAUGAUUCCAUUCUGUGUAUUUAUAUAUAGAUUUGAAUGGACAUUAGAUAACAAUCAAGUUGUUCCUCUUGAAACAGAGUUUAAUAGAGGAUUUGUGAAUAUUCAAGAAUCUUUCCCUAUUGGAAUAUUAUAUCCAUUCCAUUUAUUAAUUGAAAGUGAUGUUAAAACAAUGGACGUUACUUCAAAUGAGUAUUAUAAUUUUACUCAACAAAUGAUUUCUGUUUUUAGUGAACAAAUGCCAUAUGCAUUUGAUAAUACGAGUGUUAUUUGUUUUAACGCAGCUGGUGGUAAAGUUAUUUCACCUAAACAACUCCAAAUACUGAUGACAAAAGAAGGAUAUCAAAACGCAAUGGAAAAUUUCUUAAGUAAAGAUUCUUCAGUAGUUAAUUGUCAAUUAAUUCCAAAGGUUGAUCCAACAAAUAACUCUACUUUAUUAAUUGCAGAUAUUAGAGAUCAUUUUACACAACUCGAAUCUGAAUUUGGAUAUAAAAUAUUAAUUCAAGGUAUUAUUGUUGAUGGUGUGGAUUGUGUAAAUGCAUCAAUGAGGUAUUUUAUUCUUGUAUUAAUAGUAUUGGUUAUUGUGAUUCUUAUAAUGGUCUUAAUAUUCUUUAAGAGUGCAUUAGUUCCAUUACGUGUUGUUUUUACAACAUGUCUUACAUUGUUAUUUGUUUAUGGUGCAGGGUCUUUAAUAUUCUGUACUGAUUAUUUUGAUUCUAUAGACGUAAUAGAUCAAACAAAAGGAAUUUAUUGGGUUGUUCCAAUUAUAUCAGUUCCAAUAAUUUGUGGAUUAUCAUUAGAUUAUGACAUCUUCUUAUUCUCAAGAAUUAGAGAAUACAGAACUCGUGGAUAUUCAACAUCAUUAGCAACUGUUUAUGGAGUAGAAAGAACUGGGUAUUUGAUUACAUUUUGUGGUAUUAUAAUGGCUGUAGCAUUUUCAGGAUUAUUUUUAGCUGGUGUUAUUGUUUUAGAUUUGUUUGCAUUUGUUUUAACUUUAGCUGUCUUAAGUGACACCUUCCUUGUUAGAACAUUACUUGUUCCAUCAUUUGUUCAUUUAUUCGGUGAGUUAAAUUGGUGGCCAAUUAAAUAUGAAAUUAAUACAACCGAAUAUGAAAAUGCAGAUGAAUUUCAUAUUUAUGAUCAUUUAGAUUCUUCUUCAACUAGUGAAAGUGAAGAUAAUUCUAACCAAAUAGAAUCUACUCAACAAGGAACAGACUCAACUCCUUUACUUAAUUGA